AUGGAGCCGGAGCUGGAGCACGCACUGCGCAGGACCCCUUCCUGGAGCAGCCUUGGGGGUUCUGAGCAUCAAGAGAUGAGCUUCCUAGAGCAAGAAAACAGCAGCUCAUGGCCAUCACCAGCUGUGACCAGCAGCUCAGAAAGAAUCCGCGGGAAACGGAGGGCCAAAGCCUCGAGAUGGACAAGGCAGAAGGCGGUGGAGGAAGGGGAGCCACCGGGUCAGGGGGAAGGUCCCCAGUCCAUGCCAGCUGCUGAGUCCACCGGGCUGGAGGCCACAUUCCCCAAGGCCACACCCUUGGCUCAAGCUGAUCCUGCCGGGGUGGGCACUCCACCAAUAGAGUGGGACUGCCUCCCCUCUGACUGUACAGCCUCAGCUGCAGGCUCCAGCACAGAUGAUGUGGAGCUGGCCACGGAGUUCCCAGCCACAGAGGCCUGGGAGUGUGAGCUAGAAGGCCUGGUGGAAGAGAAGCCUGCCCCGUGCCUGUCCCCACAGGCCCCAUUUCCCAAGCUGGGCUGGGAUGACGAACUGCGGAAACCCGGCGCCCAGAUCUACAUGCGCUUCAUGCAGGAGCACACCUGCUACGAUGCCAUGGCAACUAGCUCCAAGCUGGUCAUCUUCGACACCAUGCUGGAGAUCAAGAAGGCCUUCUUUGCUCUGGUGGCCAACGGUGUGCGGGCAGCCCCUCUAUGGGACAGCAAGAAGCAGAGCUUUGUGGGGAUGCUGACCAUCACUGACUUCAUCCUGGUGCUGCAUCGCUACUACAGGUCCCCCCUGGUCCAGAUCUAUGAGAUUGAACAACAUAAGAUUGAGACCUGGAGGGAGAUCUACCUGCAAGGCUGCUUCAAGCCUCUGGUCUCCAUCUCUCCUAAUGACAGCCUGUUCGAAGCUGUCUACACCCUCAUCAAGAACCGGAUCCAUCGCCUGCCUGUUCUGGACCCGGUGUCAGGAAACGUACUCCACAUCCUCACACACAAACGCCUGCUCAAGUUCCUGCACAUCUUUGGUUCCCUGCUGCCCCGGCCCUCCUUCCUCUACCGCACUAUCCAAGAUUUGGGCAUCGGCACAUUCCGAGACUUGGCUGUGGUGCUGGAGACAGCACCCAUCCUGACUGCACUGGACAUCUUUGUGGACCGGCGUGUGUCUGCACUGCCUGUGGUCAACGAAUGUGGUCAGGUCGUGGGCCUCUAUUCCCGCUUCGAUGUGAUUCACCUGGCUGCCCAGCAAACCUACAACCACCUGGACGUGAGUGUGGGAGAAGCCCUGAGGCAGAGGACACUAUGUCUGGAGGGAGUCCUUUCGUGCCAGCCCCAUGAGAGCUUGGGGGAAGUGAUCGACAGGAUUGCUCGGGAGCAGGUACACAGGCUGGUGCUAGUGGAUGAGACCCAGCAUCUCUUGGGCGUGGUCUCCCUCUCCGACAUCCUUCAGGCGCUGGUGCUCAGCCCUGCUGGCAUUGAUGCCCUCGGGGCCUGAGAAGAUCUGAGUCCUCAAUCCCAAGCCACCUGCACGCCUGGAAGCCAAUGAAGGGAGCCAGAGAACUCAGCCUUCAUCUUCCCCCACCCCCAUUUGCUGGUUCAGCUAUGAUUCAG